AUGCACAUUCUGAGACUGGAAGGCAACAAGGAGUCGCUGGCACUUGGAAAAGAACACUUCCGCCACGUUCAACAGGUGAACGAUCUGAAACUGGGAAACAGCCAGGAAACAGUGGCUUCGAAUACAAGUGAAGAAAGAUAUCCCGUCACAAGGAGGACUUGUUCACCAAAUGCAAGUUGCGCAACUCUGCAAGAUGAUGGCGAAGGUUCACAGCGGAAGGAGCAGGAAGUUCCGAAAAAAACCAAGAAAAAGCGAAAAAAAAGGAAGCGCGAAGCAUCGGGCAGUGGAGAAAGCGAUUCUCAACAGCUAGCUAAAGGGGAGGUGCCCAAUUGGCAGAAGCUGACUGCAGAGGACAUUGAUGAUAUGUUACCGAGUGACAGUGAUGAUGAAGUGGAGAACACGGCCGAGCAGACCGCUGAUGCCAUCGUUCACCCUUCUUCACGCAGCAUUCCUGCUUAUAACUUCUAUUUUACGAAUGAUGAUGGCGUUCAGUGUGCAACAGAUGAGCUGAAACAGUUGCACGAAAGAUUCGAAAGAGUGGUACUGGAGAGAAUUGCAAAACAGAAGAGCAGCCAGCCGAAAUCUGAUCCUCCGGAAACACCAGCUUUUCACGAUAACUGCAAAUGCGGCCAUCACUCGGACACUGAAACUGAAUCAGAGGAUGAGCAAUCCGAGGAGGGCGAGAGUGAUUCGAACAGUGGUUCGGCAGAUAACCCGGCUGAUGGUAAAGAUACCGCUCCCGAUUAUUUGGCAAUGAGCGAAACCGUGAAACAUAGUACACUUGCCAAAAGAGAGAUUUUCCGAAAAAAGAACCAUCCGGCUGCUUUGCAUCACGAUCUUUGUUUCAAUGAAGCGGGCCAGAUGAAUGAUGGACCCGAAUGCCGCUGUUCUUGGGCAGCAAAACAGUUCGGUGUGCGUCAUAGUAAAUAUGCUGGAGAAGUGGUAUUUGAUAAGUGUGAGCCGUUGACUAGUACCGUUCUACGCCGUUCAACAAAGAUUCCAUACGACAACAAAACGUAUCAGCUAGAAGGAUUUUCUCUUUUCUUUCACAAACCGCUACCAGCCAAUUUUCCGCAAAAUCCCCUGUCGAAAUGGGCCAGCGAAUACCAAAUUCAGUUUGUGCAAGCAGCCGUGCCAGAGAAUUUCACUGUAAAAGAUUUGGAACUGUUUCACGAUUAUUUAUUUACUGAAAUCAUGGAAAUGUACGAUCUGAAAAGAUAUCCGUUGGACAACACCGAUGGAUGCCCCUACUAUCAUUGCAUGCCGAGAUUUGUCUGUAACGUGUCAGUGGUGCUGAACUUCUUGAUUGAUAAUUUUCGUCAUUUCGUGACUGAAACGGAAGCAAGAACUCUGAAAAACGACAAUGCCGCGUUUGAAUAUUUUGCUGAAAGAACGCGUGGUAGUUUGGUGAUGAAUGCGAACAAGGUGAGUAAAUCGUUUAAAAUAUCUGAGAAAGAGCAGGCAAAAGGCAGAAGCAAGGUAAAACUUACAUUUUAUGUAGAGCAUCGAAAAAUUUCACUUUGA